AUGGCGGCGGAGUGGCGCUUUCGCGAGCUGGAACGAAGGCUGGCAGAAGUGGAGCGAGCCCUCGCUGACCUGAGCAAUGCGGCACCGGCAGCUGUUCCAGGCUUUCCCACGAUCACGAAGACAAAGAGCAAGCUCAUGGACGACGAUGAUAACCGUUCCAGUGACAUGAGCGUCGAUGAGAUGUUCGGCACAGCCGUCUUCAUGCCUUCGGGCGACGAAGUGCGUGGGGGUGUCACCACCAUGGGACCCUGUUAUGAGAUCCAGCAAUCCAUCUGGGAUGCCUGCUUGGUGGUGGGUUUGCCCAUCAUUAGCCACUGGGAUUCCGCGAUCAUCGUGGUCUUGACGCUGAUGAACAUUGUUGCACAAGUUGGUUUCGUUUACAUCGUGAAGCAGUACAUGUCUGAGAGCAUCCUGGGCCAUGAGCAGUUACAAGAACUGGUGCGUUUCAGGACCAACAUUGCCCACGAUGUGAAAUACGCUGACCUGGGCACAGGUCGCUCGUUGGCGCGACAGGUCUGCGGCUUGGAUGAGCAACUGCCGUGGGCUUCCACGCAGUUCACAGCAGUGGACAACCUGCAGAACUAUGCAAAGACCGGAACGCUGUUGGCCCUGCUGGCCAUCGGCUGCUGGUUGGCGACCACUCUGCGGGAAGUGUUCAACAUCUCUGGUUUCGUGGCAGCCUUACGAGGCUAUGAAGCAGGGCCUUACACGGUGCUUGUGGAAAGCGAAGAAGGAGAUGAGGUGAAGAUCGCCACAAUGAGCCGUGGCCGCCGCAACAUGCUCUUCAUCUUCGUCGCCUUUCCGAGGUUGCUGGUGGCUUUCAGCCUCAUGGACACAGGCACGCGAUACUUGGCCAACACCCUCGCGUUGGAAGAUUUGAUUCUGAACGCAGUGGCUUUAGCCUUCAUUCUGGACCUGGAUGAACUGAUUGAAUCGGCGUUUGCACCCCGCAGGGCGCGUUUCGUCUUGGAUGAGCUUCAUGCCAUGCCCAUUCCGAGGAUACGCAUCCCUU